CUCGGAGCUUGCUUCACUACGGCAAAAAACAUGUCGGAGGGAGUAUAAACGGCCUGCAUUGCCGAAUUCUGUCUUCUGUGCGCAAGGAAACGUUGUACAUUUAACAUAUUUAUCAGAUAUAUGCCUUAACGCGUGACCGCGCAUAAUAGAGCGGCAUUCCUUUCUGAAAAGCGGGCCACGAAGAAAAAGUGCAAGGUACAAAUUCGCGAUCUGCAGCACGCCAGCACGGUUGACACGUUUUGUCACCCAAUACAGAAAACAGACCCAAAUUUUUACAUUGCGAAUUGCGAUCGCGCCACCUUUCAAAACCGCUAAAAAAUGGCGCAGGAAGUCGAGGAAACUAUGAAACGGAUUCAGUCUCACAAGGGAGUAGUUGGAACAAUAGUGGUAAACGCGGAAGGCAUUCCGAUAAAAUCGACGUUAGACAACACAACGACGGUUCAGUACGCGGGUUUGAUAAGUCAAUUGUCGGACAAGGCUCGCUCCGUCGUGCGCGACCUGGAUCCGACCAAUGAUUUAACAUUCCUGCGCAUUCGUAGCAAAAAGCAUGAGAUCAUGGUCGCGCCCGACAAGGAAUUUAUAUUAAUAGUAGUGCAAAAUCCGGUUGACUGAUGUCUGAAGGAUACGGAAGUGUGUAUUGCAAAAUCGAGGUUCAUUCCUUUUAUUAUGGUUAUUAAUUUAUUCCACUCGUGCUGCGUUUGACUUUAAUAUUUACUCAAUUAAAAAAAGUGAAAGAGCAAAGCUUUGAAUAUUAUAUAAUGCAAUAUUUAGUUAGAUAAUUUAUAGCAAGCUACGAGCUUUAAAAGUUUUCGCUGUUUUCAUGAUACUUUUACAAAUCAAUUUAGUAAUAGAUUCUGAAUAAACACUAAUUAUUCCUGUA